CUCUCUCAACCCGUCCAUAAAUGUACAUCUCGGGACCACCAUUGUCUCUCUUCCAAGUCCUCAUUGCCACUUCAUCAUGGAUCGGUAUCCUUGCAUCAACCGAUACAAGCACGGCGUCGACUGCCCCAUCUGGGUCUAUGUGCACGGCGCUCGAUGCGAAGAUUGCGUUAUGGUGCCACAACCAAUAAGGCCGGACUAUGCUGUGGAAGAACAGUCAUUUGCCACGGCCGAGGGUCGUGAGAAGAGCUGGGGUAGAAAGGACGUACAUUAAGCAGGGCUGAUGCCAAACAAUGUCGUGACAACU